GGCCAUCUCUCACUUUCCCUUCCACUUCUUCCAUCUACUUUGACCUCACUUCUCAAUUCUCCCUACACUUCACUCUCCUUCUCCUUCUCCUUCUCUUUCUUCUUCCCCCUUUCCCUUCUUCUUUCAUUCUUCUCACGCUUCUUAUUUAUCCUUCUAAUCCUUUCCCGUCUCCUUUCCGUCUUCUCCGCCCCUAUCUUCCCGGUCUCUUUGCGCGGCGUUUAUUAGGUGGAUGAGGUCCCCUGGCGACCUUGGUAAAUAAACAUGGCUCCUUUACCUAUCAAGUUUACGGAGCUCGUUAAUUUGACAAAUGUUGAAAUCGCGCCGGCUUCAAUCGGUUUCAACUCCUGUACUUUAGAGUCGGAUCACUUCGUGUGCGUUCGGCAAAAAUUGAGCGAGGAUGACAAGCCCCAAGUUAUCAUCAUCAACCUGAAGAACAACAAUGAAGUCAUCAAGCGGCCGAUCAACGCGGACAGUGCUAUCAUGCACUGGACCAAGAACAUCAUCGCCCUCAAGGCUCAGGGCCGUACCGUCCAGAUCUUCGACCUGACCGCCAAGCAGAAGCUCAAGUCCGCCGUCAUGAACGAGGACAUUGUCUACUGGAAGUGGUUCAGCGAACGUUGCCUGGGUCUGGUCACCGAGACCUCCGUCUACCACUGGGAUGUCUUCGACCCCACCCAAUCCCAGCCCCUCAAGGUCUUUGAUCGACUGCCUAACCUGAGUGGCUGCCAAAUUAUCAACUACCGCGUGAAUGAUGAUGAGAAGUGGAUGGUCGUGGUCGGUAUCAGCUCCCAGCAGGGCCGUGUGGUCGGGUCCAUGCAGCUCUACUCCAAGGAGCGCGGCAUCUCCCAGUUCAUCGAGGGUCACGCCGCCGCCUUCGCCUCCAUCCGUGUCGAGGGCUCGCCCCUGGAGCACAAGCUCUUCACCUUCGCCGUCCGCACCCCGACCGGCGCCAAGUUGCAGAUCGCCGAGAUCGACCACCAGGAGCCCAACCCUCGCUUCCAGAAGAAGGCCGUCGAGGUCUACUUCCCCCAGGAGGCCGUCAACGACUUCCCCGUCGCCAUGCAGGUCUCCCGCCGCUAUGACGUGGUCUACCUCGUCACCAAGUACGGGUUCAUCCACCUCUACGACCUCGAGACUGGCACCUGCAUCUUCAUGAACCGCAUCUCCAGCGAAACCAUCUUCACCACCGCCCCCGACUCCGACUCCGCCGGCCUGGUGGGCGUCAACCGCAAGGGUCAGGUCCUCUCGGUCAGCGUCGACGAGUCCACCAUCGUCCAGUACCUGAUGGAGAACCCCGCCAUGUCCGGCCUGGCCGUCAAGCUGGCCUCCAAGGCCGGCCUGCCCGGCGCCGACCACCUGUACCAGCAGCAGUUCGACAACCUGAUCGCCCAGGGCAACUUCGGUGAGGCCGCCAAGAUCGCCGCCAACUCGCCCCGCGGCUUCCUCCGCACCCCCGAGACCAUCAACCGCUUCAAGAACGCCCCGCAGACCGGUCAGAUGUCCGUCAUCCUGCAGUACUUCGGCAUGCUGCUCGACAAGGGCACGCUGAACCGCUACGAGAGCGUUGAGCUCGUCCGCCCCGUCCUGCAGCAGAACCGCAAGCACUUGCUGGAGAAGUGGAUGAACGAGAACAAGCUCGAGGGCUCCGAGGAGCUGGGUGAUAUUGUCCGCCCCUACGACAUGGCCCUGGCCCUCAAGAUCUACCUGCAGGCCAACGUGCCCCACAAGGUCAUCGCCGGUUUCGCCGAGACCGGCCAGUUCGACCAGAUUCUCGCCUACUCCAAGCAGGUCGGCUACCAGCCCGACUACACCCAGCUGCUGCAGCACAUCGUGCGCGUCAACCCCGAGAAGGGCGCCGAGUUCGCCUCCCAGCUGGCCAACGAGGAGUCCGGUGCCCUGAUCGACCUGGACCGCGUCGUCGACGUCUUCCUGUCCCAGAACAUGAUCCAGCAGGCCACCUCCUUCCUGCUUGACGCCCUCAAGGACAACAAGCCCGAGCACGGCCACCUGCAGACCCGUCUGCUGGAGAUGAACCUCGUCAACGCGCCCCAGGUCGCCGACGCCAUCCUCGGCAACGAGAUCUUCACCCACUACGACCGCCCCCGCAUCGCCCAGCUGUGCGAGAACGCCGGCCUCAUCCAGCGCGCGCUCGAGAACACCGACGACCCCGCCGUCAUCAAGCGCAACAUCGUGCGCACCGACAAGCUGAGCACCGAGUGGCUGAUGUCCUACGUCGGCCGCCUCUCCGUGGAGCAGACCCUCGAGUGCAUGGACACCAUGCUGCAGGCCAACAUCCGCCAGAACCUGCAGGCCGUCGUCCAGCUCUGCACCAAGUUCUCCGACCUCCUGGGCCCCACCCGUCUCAUCGCCCUGCUCGAGAAGUACCGCACCGCUGAGGGCCUGUACUACUACCUCGGCAGCAUCGUCAACCUGAGCGAGGACCCCGAGGUGCACUUCAAGUACAUCGAGGCUGCCACCGCCAUGGGCCAGAUCCCCGAGGUCGAGCGCAUCUGCCGCGAGAGCAACUACUACAACCCCGAGAAGGUCAAGAACUUCCUCAAGGAGGCCCGCCUGACCGAGCAGCUGCCGCUCAUCAUCGUCUGCGACCGCUUCAACCUCAUCCACGACCUCGUCCUCUACCUCUACCAGAACCAGCAGUACAAGUCCAUUGAGGUCUACGUGCAGCGCGUCAACCCGUCCCGGACUCCGGCCGUCGUCGGCGGUCUGCUGGACGUGGACUGCGAUGAGGCCAUCAUCCGCAACCUGCUGAGCACCGUUGACCCCGCCGUCAUCCCCAUCGACGAGCUCGUCAGCCAGGUCGAGUCGCGCAACCGCCUGAAGCUGCUCCUGCCCUUCCUCGAGGCCACGCUCGCCACCGGCAACCAGCAGCAGGCGGUCUACAAUGCCCUGGCCAAGAUCUACAUCGACAGCAACAACAACCCGGAGAAGUUCCUCAAGGAGAACGAGCUGUACGACACGCUGACCGUCGGCAAGUACUGCGAGAAGCGCGACCCCAACCUCGCCUACAUCGCCUACCGCAAGGGCCAGAACGACCUGGAGCUCAUCGGCAUCACCAACGAGAACGCCAUGUACCGCGCCCAGGCUCGCUACCUGGUCGAGCGUGCCGACCCCGAGAUCUGGUCCUUCGUGCUGAGCGAGAACAACCAGCACCGCCGGUCGCUGGUCGACCAGGUCAUCGCCACCGCCGUGCCCGAGUCCACCGAGCCCGACAAGGUCUCCGUCGCCGUCAAGUCCUUCCUCGAGGCGGACCUGCCCGGCGAACUGAUCGAGCUGCUGGAGAAGAUCAUCCUGGAGCCCUCGCCGUUCAGCGACAACGGCAGCCUGCAGAACCUGCUGAUGCUGACCGCCGCCAAGGCCGACAAGGGCCGCCUGAUGGACUACAUCCACCAGCUCAACGAGUUCAGCCCCGACGAGAUCGCCGAGAUGUGUAUCUCCGUCGGCCUGUACGAGGAGGCCUUCGAGGUCUACAAGAAGGUCAACAACCCGCUGGCCGCCGUCAACGUCCUGGUGGAGAACGUCGUCAGCAUCGACCGCGCCCAGGAGUUCGCCGAGCGCGUUGAGCUGCCCGAGGUGUGGAGCAAGGUCGCCAAGGCCCAGCUGGACGGCCUCCGCGUGUCGGAUGCGAUCGAGUCGUACAUCCGCGCCGGUGACCCGUCCAACUACCCCGAGGUGAUCGAGACGGCGACCCACGCCGGCAAGGACGAGGACCUCGUCAAGUACCUCCGCAUGGCCCGCAAGACCCUGCGGGAGCCGGCCGUCGACACCGGCCUGGCGUUCUGCUACGCGCGUCUGGACCAGCUGGCGGAGCUGGAGGACUUCCUGCGGGCGAGCAACGUGGCGGACGUCGAGGCGUCGGGUGACCGUGCCUACGCCGAGGGCUACCACCAGGCGGCCAAGAUCUUCUUCACGAGCAUCUCGAACUGGGCCAAGCUGGCGACGACGCUGGUGCACCUGGAGGACUACCAGGCGGCGGUGGAGUGCGCGCGCAAGGCCAACAGCGUCAAGGUGUGGCGCGAGGUCAACGAGGCGUGCGUGGCCAAGAAGGAGUUCCGUCUGGCGCAGAUCUGCGGUCUGAACCUGAUCGUGCACGCGGAGGAGCUGCAGGACCUGGUGCGGCAGUACGAGCGGAACGGGUACUUCGACGAGCUGAUCGGGGUGCUCGAGGCCGGCCUGGGGCUGGAGCGGGCGCACAUGGGCAUGUUCACGGAGCUGGGCAUCGCGCUGUCGAAGUACCACCCGGAGCGGGUGAUGGAGCACCUGAAGCUGUUCUGGUCGCGGAUCAACAUCCCCAAGAUGAUCCGGGCGUGCGAGGAGGCGGCGCUGUGGCCGGAGCUGGUGUUCCUGUACUGCCACUACGACGAGUGGGACAACGCGGCGCUGGCGAUGAUGGAGCGGGCGGCGGACGCGUGGGAGCACCACUCGUUCCGGGACAUCGUGGUCAAGGUGGCGAACCUGGAGAUCUACUACCGGGCGCUGAACUUCUACCUGCAGGAGCAGCCGCUGCUGCUGACGGACCUGCUGCAGGCGCUCACGGCGCGGAUCGACGUGAACCGGGUGGUGCGGAUCUUCCAGACGUCGGACAACAUCCCGCUGAUCAAGCCGUUCCUGCUGAGCGUGCAGGGGCAGAACAAGCGGGCGGUCAACGACGCGAUCAACGACCUGCUGAUCGAGGAGGAGGACUACCAGACGCUGCGGGACUCGGUGGACAACUACGACAACUUCGACGCGGUGGCGCUGGCGCAGCGGCUGGAGAAGCACGAUCUGAUCUUCUUCCGACAGAUCGCGGCCAGCAUCUACCGGAACAACAAGCGGUGGGAGAAAUCGAUCACGCUGUCCAAGCAGGACAAGCUUUACAAGGACGCGAUCGAGACGGCCGCUCUGUCUGGGAAGUCGGAGGUGGUGGAAGAAUUAUUGCGUUACUUUGUGGAUAUUGGCAGCCGGGAAUGCUACGUGGGUAUGCUGUACGCGUGCUACGAUCUGAUCCGAGCGGACGUGAUCCUGGAGAUGUCGUGGCGCCACGGGCUGCAGGACUUUACGAUGCCGUUCAUGAUCAACUUCCUGUGCGAGCAGACGCGGACGAUCGAGAUGCUGAAGCGGGACAACGAGGAGCGCAAGUCGCGGGAGGUGACGCAGCAGACGGAGGAGGACAACACGCCGAUCCUGGGCGGGUCUCGACUGAUGCUGACGCAGGGGUCGGGGCCCACCAAUGGGAUGACGCCGCAGGCGACUGGAUUCCGCGGGUUCUAAUCUUUCUUCUGUCGACCUUUCUAUCUCGCUUUAUCUCACCGGGGUUCAUGUGUGUAUGUAUAGCCGCCGUUCGACCUGCGAUGUGAUCCUGUGGACGGGGGAUUCUCCAUUUUCUUUCAUUUUUCAUUUUUCAUUUUUCAUUUUCCACUAUUUUCUCUCCCGACCGAUAUCGUGAUCUCCUUCAUUUUUUUUUAUUUCCUUAUUUGUGGUUUAUUCUGUUUUGUAUUCGAUCCGAAUUUUCAUCCCAAAAGACGCAGCGGUGGAGGCACUGCCGUAAUGAAUGACAUCGUAUUUCUGACCUUUACUGGGGCGUAAUGGAUCAUCCAGAUUAGACUAUAGACUAUAGAGUAUAGACUU